UCCAGCAGGACGCAGAUGUAGAGGCAUAGAGCAGGAGCCAUUCCCGAUAACGAUGUCUCCUGUGAAGCUGGAGGGAUCUGAGAAUGCCCAGCCUGUUGAGAAUGUCAAAGAAUGCAUCACCACAGUACUGAAGGGGCUGGAGACCAUCGCUCCUCUGGUGCACUCCGUAGAGGAGACCCCAGAGCUGAUCUCCACUGAAGUCCUGGGGACCAUUCCUUCCUGGAUUAAGGGUAAUUUCCUCCGCAAUGGCCCGGGGAAGUUUGAGUUUGGAAACACACACUACAACCACUGGUUUGAUGGGAUGGCUAUGCUCCACCAGUUCAAGAUUGAGAACGGCCAGGUGACAUAUAUGAGUCGGUUCCUAAACAGUGACGCCUAUAAGAAGAACAGUGAAAGGGACCGCAUCGUAAUGUCUGAAUUUGGUACCAUCGCCAUGCCCGACCCCUGUAAAAAUUUCUUCCAGCGCUUCCUGUCUCGCUUUGAGAUGAUGGAGCCCACAGACAAUGCCAGCGUGAGCUUUGUGAAGUACAAGGGAGACUACUACGUCAGCACAGAGACAAACUUCAUCCACAGAGUGAACCCAGACACCCUAGAAACAUUGGAAAAGGUGGACUGGAGCAAGUUCAUCGUUGUAAAUGGAGCCACUGCACACCCACACUAUGACCCUGAUGGUACAACCUACAAUAUGGGGAACUCCUAUGGAAGCAAAGGUGCCCUGUACAACAUCAUCAGCGUACCCCCUGAGAAGACAGAUGCCAAAGACACCCUACAAGGAGCCAAAGUUCUCUGUUCUAUCGUGCCUGCUAACAAGUCCCAUCCUUCCUAUUACCACAGCUUUGCUAUGUCAGAGAACUAUGUGGUGUUCAUUGAGCAGCCAAUUAAGAUGAACCUGCUGAAGAUAGUCACAUGCAAGCUGAGGGGGAAGGCUUUGAGCGACGGCAUCUACUGGGAUCCCCAACAGGAAACAGUCAUCCACCUCGUUGACAAGCGCACAGGCGAGGUCAGCUCAGUGAAGUACCACACAAAAGCCAUGUCCACCUUCCACCAGAUCAACGCCUUUGAGGAGGAUGGAUUCCUGAUGCUCGACAUGUGCUGCUCAGACGACGGCCAAGCCAUCAACAACUACCUCAUCCAGAACUUACGCAAGGCAGGAGACGCACUGGAUGAGGUUUACAACACCCUGUGCAGGGUUUUCCCUCAGCGUUUUGUUCUGCCCCUCACUGUGACCAGUGAAACACCAACAGACCAGAACCUGAACACACGGUCCUCCAGUACAGCAACAUGUGUCAAAAUCAGCAAAGAUAAGGUGUUCUGCCACCACGAGGAUCUCCAUGGAGAUGACCUCCACGAGUACGGUGGCCUGGAGUUCCCUCUGAUCAACUAUGGCAGAUGUAACACACGGCCAUACCGUUAUUUCUACGGCUGCGGGUUCAAUCACCUGGUGGGAGACUCUCUGCUCAAAAUGGACCUGAAAGACAAGUCGCUCAAGGUCUGGUACCAGAAGGGUUUCUACCCAUCAGAGCCUGUGUUUGUGCCAACACCUGAUGCUGUAGAGGAAGACGAUGGUGCCAUCCUCUCUGUGGUUCUCACCCCCUCACAGGAUAAAGGAACAUUCCUCCUGGUUUUGAAUGCCAUGACAUUCGAGGAGCUGGGAAGAGCCAAUGUGCCUGUUAAUAUGCCCUACGGCUUCCAUGGUACCUUCAAUGCAUCUGCAUAAAUCUAUUAUCUGUUUCUAAAUGAUAAUACAAAGAAUACAACAGUGUUAAACAUGUAACCACUAUAUUCCUGAUGGUACUGAGUUACUGUAUGCUGAAGAUGGAUGCAGUGUUUUGUUACUGACUGAAUGAAGAUUGAGUUUAUACUCUAAAUUGAUUUCUGGUAAAUACUAAACCUCCAACGGUGAUGGCAUUAAGAUUGUUUAAACACUUAAUUAACUCUGAGACACACAUGCUGUUAUUAUUAAUAAUACCCCUUUUGUAUGAACCUGAAAUUGACAUAUUUCUGUUCUGAAGGAGACAUCAACCUAAGAGGACUCAUGAGUUAUUAUGAGGCAAACACUUGUUAAUGUUCAUGUAGCAGGAUGCUUUAAUUGCCAAACCACCCAAGUGCAAACUGAAAUCUCUUUUUAAACACAUACAUUUUUACUCUUUUUAUGUUAAUUGAGCAAUAUUUUUUUACAGGUUGCAUGACUUCUUUUUUACUGUUUGUGCGUCAAUAAAUAUUUACCUCUGUAAAAAG